UGCUGCCGCGGGCUCCGCUUCCGCUGCGUCUUGCUCUGCCGCCGGGGCUCCACUCACCGGCAGCAAGGGAAGUAAGGAGGCGCUCGUGCGGGGAGGGCAGCUUGUUGCAGCGAGUGGAGGGAAGGAAAAAAAAAACCCAACCCAAGGGAGGAGGGGAGGGAAGGCAGACAGGCAGGCAGGAAGGAGUAGAGAGGAAAAAAAAAAGCACUGAGGCACAGGCACUGGCAGCACGGAGAGAGUCGCCGACCGGUGGGCAGCCCCGCACCCAACAGUCGAAUCAAGAUUCCAUGUGUGUGUCCAUGUGGAUUAAAACCUUUGGGAAGAAGGAGGAAAAGAACCACCCCGAACCCCGCAUCAGGACGACCUGGGCUUUAAAAAGGGAAGCGCUUGUUCGUCUCUUUUGUGACAGAUGCUUAAACCGAUGUCCAAACCUUAGGGUUGGUGUUUCGUUUUUUUUUAAUAUUUCUUUUUUUUUUUUUAAUAGACACCCUUUUGGCUCGCUUUUUAUUUUUUGUCCUUUGAUUCUGCCCUGCGUUGCAUCCCUCCCUCCUCAUUCCCCCGCACCCCCUCCCCAACGUGGCGGGUUGAUGGGCGCCACGGCCCCUAGAAGGCCGAGGCUCUCCUGCGGCUCUGGCCUUGCUCCGCAGCCGCGCAGGGCGGCGCGGCGCCGACGACCUCCGCUCGCCUCCCCCGCGCUGUGCGCCGCGGGCUCUAGACAAUCUUUUUAUUUUUCUUUUAUUUUUUGGGCAAAGCCGGGGCGAGUCGCCGUUUCCCCCCCUCCUCUUUUUUACCCCCUCAUUUAAAUUUAUUUUAAUUAUUUUUUAUUUUCUCGCGGCGGCGGGACCCGCAGCCCCAGCGCGGAGACGGGCGCAUGCCACAGCCCGCCUCGGCCCCGCCGCCGCCCGCCGCUGUCCGCCGCCGCAUUCCGGCUCCCGGCCCCUUCAUGUGUGGCGGACGACAUGCCCGUUUUGUAGCCGAGGCCCUCUCCUCUCGUCCCGUAUGAUCAGGACCAAACGCUCUGUUCUCGUCCGUCGGCUCUGGCGGAGCCGUGCGCCUGGAGGAGAGGAGAAGGAGGCGGCGCGCCAGCCCGGUGCAGUCGUGGCCGAAGCCCAGGAGCCUGCCUUCAGCGGGGGACAUGGGUGCUGCACGGGCAAGGCGAGCCGCGGCGGGCGGGCAACGGCGGGUACAGAGGCGGAACUGAAGGCGCUGACCCAUGCCGUGUUGAAACGGCUGAAGGAGCGGCAGCUGGAGGGGUUGUUGCACGCCGUGGAGUCCCGCGGCGGGGCGCAGACCCCCUGCCUGCUGCUGCCCGCCAACGCCCACUCCCGGCUGGGCCAGCACUGGUUCCCGCUACCGGUGCUGUUCUGCAAGGUGUUCCGCUGGCCCGACCUCCGCCACUGCUCCGAAGUGAAGCGGUUAUGUUGCUGUGAAUCCUACGGCAAGCCUCACCCCGAGCUCGUCUGCUGCAACCCGCACCACCUCAGCCGGCUCUGCGAGCUAGAGUCUCCCCCUCUACCUUACUCCAGAUAUCCAAUGGAUUUUCUCAAACCAACUGAUUGUCCAGACUCUGUGCCUUCCUCCACUGAAACAGGGGGAACUAAUUGUCUAACCCCUGGGGGGCUUUCAGUUUCCCAAGUUCUUCAGGAGCCAGGGGAUUGGUCACACUGGUGUGUGGUGGCAUACUGGGAAGAGAAGACGCGUGUGGGUCGUCUGUAUUCUGUUCAAGAGCCCUCCCUGGAUAUCUUUUAUGAUCUACCUCAGGGGAAUGGUUUCUGCCUCGGACAACUCAACUCAGACAACAAAAGCCAACUGGUGCAGAAGGUCCGGAGCAAGAUUGGCUAUGGCAUCCAGCUCACCAAGGAAGUAGAUGGCGUGUGGGUGUACAACCGCAGCAGUUACCCCAUCUUCAUCAAGUCGGCCACACUGGACAACCCCGACUCCAGGAUGUUGCUGGUUCACAAAGUGUUUCCAGGUUUUUCCAUCAAGGCUUUUGACUAUGAGAAGGCAUACAGCUUACAGACACCCAACGACCAUGAGUUCAUGCAGCAACCAUGGACUGGAUUUACUGUUCAGAUCAGUUUUGUGAAAGGUUGGGGCCAUUGCUACACUAGACAGUUCAUCAGCAGUUGUCCGUGCUGGUUGGAGGUUAUUUUUAAUUAUUGAUGACAAGACAGAGUGGACUGGUGGCAUUUAUGAUACUUUGCUGUUAUUUCCUUCUGAGUGCUUGUUUUUCAUGUAAACUUUUUGGGUUUGUUUUGUUUAGUUUGUGUGUGUGUGUGUGUAUCUCCCUUUGUUUUGAGAAAUAGUUUAUGGAAAGAUUUUAAUUUUUUUUUUGUGCUUUGGGUAUUUUGAUAAAUAUAUCUAUUUUUUAAAAGUGUAAAUGACUAAUAACUCAGAAGGGUGAGAAAAGGGUGUGGGAGGGGGUGGGUGGGUGUGUGAAUUACAUAUAUGAUAAUUAUUUCAUGCCUCUGAAAGGAUUAUCCUAUGUGAUUGAUGGAUUCAGAAACCACUUACUAUAUGUUACAGCUCCUUCUCUUGGAUAAAACAAUACCUGUAUUUUUUAUGCACCACCAACUGUCUCUAUCCCCAGUGAUGGUGACACCAAGACCCCUUCUCCAGUGGUUCUAAUCCCACAUUGCUGCCGAAGGAUGGUGCAAAAUCUUCCCAACCAGGUCUUUACCCACUGUCCCAGUUUAAAUGAGACAAGGGUCUUUUACUGAGGAUGGGUUAGGAGAAAAAAAACCCCAAUUUCUUUUUCUAGGUAAUUAUAAAUCUAAAAUUAAGAGACUCCGAUUGAAGGGAAAAACAAAUUAUGGAAAAGGGAAAAUAACAGCCCUUUAUUAAAAGGUAUGUGUGUAUUAACAGAAACACGGAAAAAAAAAUAACAAGUAAAACAACCAAGCAAUACUCUUAUACCCACCAAUAAUCUCCUUCAAGAACAAACCAAUAAAGCAACAAAAGGAAAAUUAAAUAGUUCAAUUUCUUGCACCCUUUGGUGCAGUUCCAACCACAGUCAGCAGGGGGCGCUGUUGGGUCACUGGAGGUGCAGAACUUGUAGUGUCCUAUAGUAGUCACCAGGUGGUGCUGUUGGAUCACUGGAGGAGUAGAACUUGUAAUGUCCAGUGCCCGUCACCAGGCGGCGCUGUGAGAUCCUUGGUUACCACCAGGUGGGUUGGGGGAAGGGAAAAAAAGCAACACCCCCCCCAGGGUAUAUCGGAGAAAAAACAAAAAAAACCUCAAUUCCCCUUCUCUUCCCACACUGGAAAAAGAGGGGGGAAAGGGGGAAGGAAAAACCAACAACAGAACAGAAAGUUCUCCCAAUGGAAGGAAACUCACAAACUUUAACUGGUUAGGAUUAGUUUUAAGCAGGGCCUGCAGCCAGUAAGAGCUGAGAAGAGAGAGAGCAGCAGCCAACUCCCCUCCGACAGGAAGAAAGAAGAAACCAGGCAGCUCUGCAACUUGCAGCAGGUCCUGAGUCCACUGGCACACACCAGCCUCUCCUCCCCAUCUCCUUCCAACCACACACUAGCCCCCCCAACUCCUCCCCCUUCGUUGUCAAGGAGACUAAUCUCAGCCAUUAGUGGAUUCUUUUGUUCACCUGAUAGCUACCUGAUGGCCUAUAUACAGAGCACACACACAGCAGGGGAAAGGGAAAGAAAAAUUCCUUGCUAAAAUCGGAACUAUGACACCCACCCUUUUCAAUUUUUAUUUUAUUUUUCUUGUUACUGAGUUGACGUCUUGUCACUAUGUUCAUCCUUCCACUGCUUUUUUUUUUUUUUUUAUGGUCAUGGAUUGAUGCAAGGGGAGAAAACAACAGCAGAGAAACCUUGUGCAUGGCCUGUGCUUUAUAAUUUGAGCUGAGAUGUAAAGUGACAGAAGCCUAAGACUAAAGCAAAACAAAACAAAGUAAAACCAACAAAACAAAUUAAAAACAAAUGGAAAAACAAAAGAAAAAGUGUUCACAAUAGUUGGUCUGUUGUAACCUGCUUAGAUCAGGUUAUCCGGGUAUCAUCAGAUCUGGAAAUGCAGUUGCUUUCAUUUCUUCUUAAAUUCAUACACGAGUAUGAUACUUUUACACUGUUCUUAGCUCAAUGAGCAUGUUUAGACUGUAACAUAAGCUAUUUUUCUAAAUAUAAAGGUUUAAAUGAACAAAAGAGCAUUUUCAUUGGAACUUUAGCGUUGUAGUACUUUGGAAACACAAAACAAAGGACUACUUAAAAAACCCCUAAAAAUUAUUAAAGAAAAAAUUUUAUUUUAGAUAUAAAUAUAUUAUUACUUGUAAAUAGAAGAAAAUUUUAUAAACAUCAUUAUUUACGUAUUGUGCAAUGUGUAUAAAUGAGAAAAAAUAAGAAAGAUGCACUUUGUUUUAAUAUAAAUGCAAAUAACAAAUGCCUAAUUAAAAAAAAAAAAGAACAUGACUUUGAUGGUGUUUUCUAUGGGUGUUAUCAUCCAAAUGAAUGU